ACAAAAAUUCAUCCCACCCCUCCAGAAACAAACGCACCAUGGAGGUUUUACCAUCAGAUAAUCUGCCAACACCUGCAGACUUACACAGAGGCAAAAACAUUAGUGACCAGUUUUUCCUGAGGAACAAGCCUGCACCAUUAGCUUCACACGUCUUUCAACAUCUUACCCUCUCCUCUCUUUCCUCUAGUUUACGUUUCAAAGCCAAAGAUCUCCUUCUCCCUUUUCAAAGUCGGAGACGGUUACCGUGGCAACAUCACCUGCUGGGCACUCAGAGGGAGCCUUCCCGUGAACUUCUCUCUCCUCCUGGAUGACAAAGAGCUCGGCUCCAUCACAGCAACCGAGUCCCUCGCAGCUUGUUUUGACGUUGCCAUGGUAAUCGGACUGGACAUGGGUGACGCGAGGUGUCGGGUAAAAACCGAGGUGCAGGAUUUGAAGAGUGAGCCGGUGACUCUGGAAGUAGUCCCGGUUGGAGGGGACGUGAACCUGCAGGUGGAUUAUCUGUACACCGCCGGGGCCGAGCUGGCUGCUGCCAGAAUGAACUGUCACAUCAGCAGAGGAACGUUCCCGCUCUUCUCCUGGCUCUUCAACAACUCCGUCCUUCCGUCUGAGGAUCGUCAUGUUGAGUUUGUUCUAUCCCAGCCUGGCCCUGGGGAUCCGAGUCAAACCCUCAUCCUCACCGAGCUCAGCCCAAAGCAUUCUGGGUAUUAUCAGUGCAGCGCCAGAGACAGCUAUGACCCCUCGGGGUCGUGGGUGCAGAGUGCAGCCGUGUUGGUCCACAUCACAGACCAGAUCCGUUACCUGAAGCCUCAAGGAGCGUCGCCCACGGAAACACCUCAACAGGUUCUCCUGUCCCCCUUUGAGUCCAUCAGCUUAUUAUUCUGCUGUUUCUUCCUCCUGAUGCUGGGAGUGGCUGUGCUCUGUGUCUGCAAGAUGUUCCACCAAGAUUCCACCAACAUUUCUUCACUAAACCCUCCCUCGCUUCAUCUGUCAGAACCAGAGUCUCAUGCAGGGGCCCUGCAGGCUCCAGUGCUGUCUGCAGUCCAGAACCAGGUGAGGUCAACAGGAAUCACUGAGUUCCUGAAUCAGGCCCCCGAGAUGACACCAGAAGAAUAAUCUAGGCUCUUUGCUGUGAAAUAAACAUGCUCAUAAACACUUUUGAACACAUAAGUGAGAAAUUGUGAAGAAUAAAACACAGUGAAGCUUG